AUGAGUGAGCUCCGUGACACAGGUGCUGACAGACAAUCUCACUUCCUAGUAGAAGGUAGUGGCUCAUGGCGUGCAACCUCUUGUGGCAAUAUCACGGUCAAGACGAUAGAGGGAAAGGGACGCGGUGCCUUCUGGGAGCCUGAGAAGGGCGAAACCUGCAAAGCUGGGACUCUCCUCUUCGCUUCUGAGCCACUAUUACAAGUUGUUGGUAUCCCACAUUUGGCCACACACUGCUCGCACUGCAUUCUCCCCAUCAGCGGUAAGCUCUUUGUAUGCAAAGGCUGCAAAGUACUGAAGUAUUGCUCCGCAAGGUGCCAGAGCGUUGAUGCACGUUGGCAUCGUGACAUCGAGUGUCAAGCGCUUCGUCGGUGGACAAAGCUGGGCUCAGACAUCAGAGGCAAAGGAAAGGAAUGGUUCGAGACACAAUGGGUAGGACCGCUCGAAGGAGAUACUGCUCCCGCUCCUGAGUCCGGGCAGUCCAACGCGGGCGAGAUUGUGACUGACCAUGCGGCCCCCACGAGGUUGGUACGAGCAGUCGGUAGGGCCUUGUUCGCCCAGAAGAAAGGCGUCAGCGUCGAGAAAGAGGGCAUCUUGUUCGACGACCUGCACGGAGAACCACCCACCGUACAGGCAACUCUCAUGUCCAUGGACUUACAAAAGAAGUGGUCCGCAACACUGACGCAGCUGCGGCAGUACCUGUGUGUGGCUGAGGGUCUCGGUGUCAAGCAUGCAGUUGCAGGCGACAACAGAUUCAUGGUCAUGAUGGAGAGAGAGUAUGGCUUGAGCGAGCCUGAUAGCCUGAGUGUCACGCUGAGCAAAGUCAAACAGAAUUGCUUCAGCAAUGAAGCACAGGGCAUCUCGCUAUAUGGACUCCUCUCCCUGGUCAACAGCUCCUGUGUUCCCAAUUGCACAGUCAUAGAAGACCCUGUCGAUGGGCGGAAAGUCAUCUUUGCCAGAAGGGACAUCGUGCGGGGAGAGGAGCUCACCUUCUCCUACUCGCACCUCUCCUCACCGCGCUGGAUCCGUCAACUGCACUGCUUCAUCGAGUACGGCUACACAUGCUCCUGUUCAGUCUGCGUCGCAACAGAGCAAACUCUGGAGAUACUCAAGAAGAUCAACGAGGUGUACGAUGUCGAAAAGAUUGCGGAAAGUACGGAAGACAUGUAUGCCAAGGAGCUCCAAGUCUCAAGAUCUCUGUUCGUCGAUGCAAGGGACGUCUUGUGGUGUGCCCAGCCGGAUUGCGAGGGACGAAGACCACUGCCGGAACCCACUCAAGCUGGCGACGCCCCACCGGUCCUGACCUUUUGCAACACCUGCUUCCACCUCUCCGUUGUGCCCAACGACCUGACCAAGUACAUCAUGUGCGCCCCCUCCCUGCUGAAAGAAUACCAGAGCCAACCCUCCUCCGCCGGACGAACAUGGGAAGAAGCCUACCCGACUUUCAACUUCUUUGCUUCCCUCGCACACCCCUGCGUAGAAGGCAUCGCCGGCCUCCUCAAGCAGGGGAGGGACCUCCUCGUGCGUCUAGGCGAGGACGACUCGCGGGACGAGGACGUCUACCCGCUCCUCGCAAUCAUCGAAGGGAUCAUCCGUAUUGCUCUCCUCGAACUGCAGGGUCUGCAGGAAGGGUGCGUCUACCCGUCAGGGAGUAUCGAGAGACUAAUGGCUCUUGGCCGAGUGUGCGAGUAUCUUGAAGAGCACCGCGCGAUCAGUCUUGCGUUGGGCGUCGAGACGUACGUGGAUGCCGCCAAGUCGCUCCGCUUCAGAAGACCAUUCCCGCCUUUUCCUGUCAGUAAAGGAGGUAGGGAGGCGCUAUACGUCUCCCUGGUCAAGGAGCUGAAGAGCGAGCUGGAAGUAGUGCAGAGCAGCGAGGGCCUGCGUCUCCUUGCAGUGGACGCCAUUGAGUGGAAAGACGGGAUGACACUGGACAGUGCGAUUGUGUACCUGGAAGAGCGAGUAGGGGUGCUGGAGCCUGAAGGCUGGAAGAGCGAAGGGAUCGUGCCCUUUGUCACUGGCGGAUGA